AUGUCCAUUGUUCUUCGAUACGUCGACAUCGACAUGAAAGAAGCGAGAGAAGACUUCAUUUCUUUUGUUGACUGCCAUGAGGAGAAUUUUUCGUUAGAUGAAGAUACCUUAGAACCGAUUUUGAAUGGAAAAGUUUUAGCUAGAACAGUAUUGAACGUUUUAACAAAACUUGGACUCGAUUUGAAAAAAUUUAUUGCUUCCUCAAAACGACAUUUUGUAUUGAAACAUAUUACCAAAACGGAACUGAAGAGUGUUUGCGAAACAAGGUGGGUUGAACUUCACGACUCCAUUCUUCAAUUCAAGAAUGAAUUACCCAAUAUUCUCCAGGCAUUGGAUAACAUAUCUUUAUGGAACGAGAGUGAAUCUGCGAAGAAGGCAAGAAAUUUCGCAACAGCUCUGAGGAAUUGCGAAUUUGUAAUUACACUCUGUUGUUUGGCAAAUAUAUUUUCAAUAACACUGCCACUCAGUAAUUUUCUCCAAACAAAAAGCUUGGACAAAAAACAAGCUAACGAUGUUGUCAGUAUCACUCUUCUGACGCUUCGAGAUAAAAGGGAUGAUGCUUCUAAAUACUAUCUAAGUAUUUCGAAUGAUGCCAAACAAAAAUUAAAAGAGAUCAAUGUUGAAUUUUCGAUGCCAAGAAUAACAGGGAGAAUGGUUCAUAGACCAAAUCCUACAGUUUCCUCAGUGGAUGACCAUUAUAGAAUAACUGUUUUCAUCCCACUGCUCGAUAGCAUCAUCCUUGAUCUGAAAGAUAGACUAUCAGAAAAUAAAUCAAAUCUGUACAACCAUGUGUACCAUCAGUUACCAAAAACAAAACAGAUGAGGAAAUAUAUCAAGAAGAUAGUUUCAGAAAUGUUUAUAUGGAGGAAAAUGUGGGAUGCUGAGCAAAAUAUACCAGACAAUGGUAUAACGGCUCUGAAGGAAUGUAACAAACAUUUGUUUCCUAAUAUAAGCAUUUUUCUGGAACUAUUAUGUUGCCUGCCAGUGAGUGUUGCAUCUUCUGAAAGGAGUUUUUCAACACUCAGAAGGCUGAAGGACUGGAUAAGAUCCAGAAUGGUUCAAGACAGGUUGAAUGGAUUGGCAUUAAUGCAUAUACACAGGGGCAUCUGCAGCAGUCUGAAUGUUGAUGAUAUCAUCCAAAGAUAUGCUAGUCAGAAGAAUAGAAGACUGGAAUUUGUUAUUUAG